GCCGUUUUAACCAUAAAUAUAAACUGAUAGACAUAAACUUCAGAAAAUCAAAAUUUCAAAAUCCCCAUUCCAAAAUCCUAUCUUUCCCCGGUCUCUCAUCUCUCUCUCACCCUUUGUAUUGGCUCUUCGAUUUUCAUUGUCAAUUCAAAGUCAGAUUUUUGAAGCAAAUCGAAGUUCAAUUCCCCAAUCCAACAAUAAAAACCUUAAACCGCCAAACUUGGGAUCAUCAAUUGCUACAAGAUGCCGGCCACCGCAGGGAGGGUUCGAAUGCCCGCGAACAACCGGGUGCACAGUAGCGCUGCCCUACAAACUCACGGAAUUUGGCAAAGUGCUAUUGGAUACGACCCGUAUGCGCCCAAUAAAGAUGAGUCAAAAAAUUCAUCGAAUCAGAUGACUGCUGCUGCUGAACCCGAAGGUGAAAAUGCAUACGCUAGUUUUCAAGGGCUUUUAGCGCUUGCCCGAAUCACGGGUUCGAAUGCUGAUGAGGCUCGUGGAGCUUGUAAAAAAUGUGGGCGUGUUGGGCACCUUACUUUUCAGUGUAAGAAUUUCGUGAGUUUGAAGGAGAGUAAAGAGAAAGACCCUGAAGCGAUUCAAGCCGCGGUUUUGACUGGAUUGGAUAAGUUAAAGGGAGGGAAAUUGAACGGGAAGAAGGAGGUUGAGAGUGAGGAGAGUGAGGAAGAGGAGAGUGAGAGUUCGGAUUCUGAUGCGGAUUCGGAGAUUGAGAGGAUUAUUGCUGAAAGAAAUGGGAAGAAGUCAUCGAAGAAGAAGAGUUAUGGGGAUGAUGGAUCGGAUUCAGAUAACGGAGGAAGAAAGAAGAGAGGGAGGUCGAAGAAAAGGAGUGGUAGGAAGAGAGGAAGUGGUGAUUCGGAUGAUGAGAAAGAAAGUAGGAGGAAGAGGAGGGAAGAGAAGAGGAGGAAGAGGGAUGAAUCUUCUGAUGAGGAUGAUGAUCAUCUUCGUCAUAGGAAAAGAAAGAGUAGGAAGGAGAAGAGGAGAAGGAGAAGUCAUAGGUAUUCUGAUGAUUCUGAAUCAUCGGAUGUGUCUGAUGAUUCUGGUAAACGGCAUAGGAAGAAAAGCCAGAGGUACAAAUCCCCAUCUGAUUCUGAUGUUAGUGGUUCGGAUGAUUCUCGGAUUGGAAGGGGUGCAAAGCGAUCUCAGAAGAGGAGCAGGAAACGCCAUCAUGAAGAUGAUUAGUAGAGGUUUGUGAGCAAAGUUGUCAUUUUUGCAGGGAUCCAAAAGGGUGGAUAUGAUGUUUGUGCCAGGAGUUGUUAAUGUCUUGGAGGAGGAGAAUGUUUAAGUUAUUUGUUAUUGUGUGUAAGAUUGCAAACAUCUUUAGUUGCCCAGUGAAUAAAGCUGACAUGUUUUAUCUCUUACUUAGGGCAUCAGGUAAUGUAAGAUUGUUAUGUGCAAUUGCUUGUUCUUUAAAGAAGUUGCCAUGAGAAGUGGCUAAUGACUA